GUAAUGGAUAUGUUCGGAAAUAGCCAAACCCAAGUUUCAACAACCGAUUUAUAUGGAAAUGUGCAAACGUCUGUGCAAAGUACUCAAUAUGACAUGUUCGGAAAUCCUAUAGAAAGUGAAGUAAAUUACCAAACUGGACUUACUGGAACCGAAUUUAACCAAUACUAUUCUGAUGGAUUUGGAAACAUGCAAAUGGAAUAUUCCAAUAGUAACAUGAUGGGAAAUAAUAUGAUGAUGAACCCUAUGUUGAGCAAUGCUAUGUUAGCUAAUGGUAUGAUGGGUAUGGGCAUUCCGAUGAAUGGAUAUGCCUACUUAUUGGAUCCAGAAGAACAACAAGAGAUCAUGCAAGACCAACUUAAAGACCAAAAGAAAGUUAUUUCAAAAAUGAUAAACAAAAUGGAUUCUUCGUCUGGAAGUUCAUCCAGCACUGUUAAUGGACAUGGUUUGACUGAUCAUGUGGGCAAUGUAGUAUUAGGUGGUGUCCUGGGUGGUUUGGGAGACACCGUAGGAAGUGGUCUCUUAGGAGGACUUCUAUAA